UUCCAUUAAGUUUUUAUAACUUUGGAUUGCCAUCAACGAGCUUCUCACAGUAAUCCUUUGAAUUUUUGACCACUCUUCCUGGCAGAUUUGGUACAACUCGGUUGGAUUUGUUGGUCUUCUCUUACCGACAAACUGGCGGCCGUAAGAGAGGUCUGGGACACGUGGUCUGAGCGGCUGCCGUCCCUCUACAACCCCGGGCCGGAGAUAACAGUGGACGAACAGCUGGUUCCGUUUUAGAGGGCGUUGUCCCUUUCGGCAGUAUAUUCCCAGCAAGCCAGCGAAAUACGGGAUCAAGACGUGGGUGGCGUGCGACUCUAAAUCCAGUUACGCUUGGAAGAUGCAAGUGUACACAGGGAAGGCCGCGGCCACAGAUGCAGCUGCAGCUGCGGGUGGUGGAGGAGGAGGAGGAGGAGGAGGAGGAGGAGAAGAAGACCCGGGCCCACGCGCAGCAGACCACGGCCCGAAAAAGAACCUGGGCAUGCGAGUCGUGCUCGAUGUCACCGAGGGACUGAGGGAUCGCAACGUCACCUGCAACAAUUUCUCCACCUCUUACGAACUCGGGCAGCAGCUGCUGAAAAGGAAGAUGACCAUGGUCGGCACCGUUCGAAAAAACAAGCCCGAGCUCCCGCUCGUGCUGCUCUCGCCGAAGGGAAGAGCGGUGUUCUUGUCGAAAUUCGCCUUCAUGUCGACCACUACCGCAGUCUCUUACGUGCCCAAGAAAAACAAAAACGUGCUGCUGGUUAGCACGAAGCACACGGAGGCCGAAGUCAGCGACCGCCGCGACAGAAAGCCGGUCAUCAUACUAGACUACAACCGCUGCAAAGGAGGUGUCGAUAACCUCGACAAGGUGAUUGGAACCUACAGCUGUAGAAGGAUGACGGCUCGCUGGCCCUUGGUCGUGUUCCACAACAUCCUCGAUGUUUCCUCCUACAAUGCCUUUGUGAUAUGGAGAGAACUAAACCCCGAAUGGAUGCCUCAGAAGCGGAACAAGAGAAGGGUGUUCCUAGAGCGGCUGGGAAAGGCGCUGGUGACUCCGUUGAUAGAAAGAAGGGAGCGUCUCCCUCGCACAGAAGCGUCAGCGGCAGUCGUCCGAGGCGUUCGGAGGGCCGUGUUUGAUCUAGGACUCGCGGUGAGGGCGAGGACGCGGAAGUAA